AUUAAUUUUGCAAAUCCGGAAAAAAGAGGAUAUUAUACAGAUGCAGGGACUUAUGUGAAAGUAGGAGUAGUUGGACAUAUCUCAACAAACCUUACUUCCAAUGGUAUUCCUGUAAUUUUAAUUUAGAAACAAGGGCAUAUUCACUGCUACCUCCCUCUACCUUUCGUUUAUAUCUCUCUCUUCUCUCUACUCUUCUCGUAGAGCCUCUCUCUCUCUCUUUAUAUAUAUCUAUCUCUCUUCCCGAUCCGCCGUCUCUCUCUAUCAGUCUCUUUUACUAGAUAUUUAUCUUUAUUUCUCUCUCUCUCUCUCUUGACAAUUCAAUUGAGAGAUCCAGAUCGUUAAAGGUGUUGGAGAAAAAUGGCAGCAUCCAAAGGCGGGGCCACUGGAUGGUACAGUGCAAUAGUGAAAGCUGUUCCUUCAGGGGAUAGUUUGGUGUUAGCUGCAAAGUCCAGCAACAAGCCUGGUCCUCCACCGGAGAGGACCGUUACUCUGGCUUCUAUUAUGGCUCCAAAACUGGCCCGCAGAGGUGGCAUCGAUGAGUCUUUUGCUUGGGAGAGCAGGGAGUAUUUGAGGAAGCUCUGCAUAGGAAAGGAAGUUAUUUUCAAGAUAGAGUAUACUGUACCUUCUAUUGGCCGAGAGUUUGGCAGUGUGUUCCUUGGUGACCACAAUGUUGCAAAGCUAAUUCUUUCAGAAGGCUGGGCAAAGGUGAGGGAGCAGGGUCAGCAGAAAGGAGAGGCUAGUCCAUUUCUAGCUGAAUAUCAAGUCCUUGAAGAACAAGCUAAGCAAAAGGGUGUGGGUAUGUGGAGUAAGGCACCAGGUGCUGCUGAUGCAGCCAUCAGAAAUCUACCUCCUUCUGCCAUCGGUAAUCCUAGUAACUUGGAUGCCAUGAGUCUGCUAUCUGCAAACAAGGGCAGGCCUAUGCAAGGUAUUGUUGAGCAGGUUCGUGAUGGCAGUACUGUCCGUGUAUAUUUGCUUCCAGAUUUCCAGUUCGUCCAGGUGUUUGUUGCUGGAAUCCAGUCCCCGUCAAUGGGUAGAAGAGCUGCAUUGGAACCUGCUGCAGAAAAAGCAAUUAACUCUGAUGAGCAGAAUGGAGAUUCUUCGGAACCUCGAGCUCCUCUAACUUCUGCACAGAGACUUGCAGUCUCAGCAUCUACUGAAGUUGCUCCUGAUCCAUUUGCUGUGGAUGCCAAAUAUUUCACUGAGCAACGUGUUUUAAACAGAGAUGUCCGUAUUGUUCUGGAAGGAGUUGACAAAUUCAGCAACUUGAUUGGAUCAGUAUAUUAUUCAGACGGAGAAUCGGCGAAGGACCUGGCUCUGGAGCUUGUAGAAAAUGGUCUAGCUAAAUAUGUGGAAUGGAGUGCCAACAUGAUGGAAGAUGAUGCUAAACGGCGGCUGAAGAAUGCAGAACUUCAAGCUAAAAAAACCCGCUUGAGGAUAUGGACAACCUAUGUCCCCCCUCCCACAAAUUCAAAAGCAAUCCACGACCAGAACUUCACUGGAAAGGUUGUGGAGGUUGUAAGUGGCGAUUGCAUCAUUGUGGCUGAUGAUUCUGUCCCAUUUGGAAAUCCAUUGGCAGAACGACGAGUCAAUCUUUCAAGUAUUAGGUGUCCAAAGAUGGGCAAUCCUCGUAGGGAUGAGAAGCCAGAGAGCUACGCACGGGAGGCUAAGGAGCUCCUGAGAACGCGUCUUAUUGGACAACAAGUGAAUGUGCAAAUGGAAUAUUCUAGGAAGGUUACCAUGGGAGAUGGACCUAUGUCAGCUACUGGAUCUGGGGAUUCAAGGGUGAUGGAUUUUGGAUCAGUUUUUUUGCCCUCUUCCAUAAAGGGUGAUGGUGAUGAACCAACACCUGCUUCAUCAACUGCCGGUAGCCAGCCAGCUGGGAUCAAUGUUGCUGAAUUGGUGGUUUCCCGUGGUUUUGGAACUGUGAUCCGUCAUAGGGACUUUGAGGAAAGAUCAAACUAUUAUGAUGCCCUUCUUGCUGCUGAAUCCCGCGCUGCUGCUGCUAGAAAAGGAAUUCAUUCUGCAAGGGAACCUGCUGUCAUGCAUAUAAAAGAUCUUACCACGGUAGCAGCCAAAAAAGCAAGAGAUUUCCUGCCAUUCCUGCACCGAAGUAGGAAAGUUUCUGCUGUUGUGGAAUAUGUGCUUAGCGGCCACCGUUUUAAGGUGUUGAUUCCCAAGGAAACAUGCAGCAUUGCCUUUUCUUUUUCUGGUGUUAGGUGCCCUGGUCGUGAUGGACCAUAUUCAGAUGAAGCAAUUGCACUAAUGAGACGAAGGAUAAUGCAGAGAGAUGUUGAGAUUGAAGUUGAAACUGUUGAUAGAACUGGGACUUUCUUGGGAUCCUUGUGGGAGUCAAGGACUAAUAUGGCGGUGGUUCUUCUUGAAGCUGGCCUCGCAAAGUUACAAACUUCCUUUGGCACUGACAGGAUCCCUGAUGCUCAUCUUCUUGAACAGGCAGAGCAGUCUGCCAAAAAGAAGAAAUUGAAAAUUUGGGAGAAUUAUGUUGAAGGAGAGGAAGUCUCUAAUGGUCCAGCUGCUGAAACCAAACAGAAGGAAGUGCUUAAGGUGGUGGUUACAGAGGUCUUGGGUGGUGGUAGGUUUUAUGUCCAAACAGUCGGAGAUCAAAAAGUUGCCUCUAUUCAGCAACAACUUGCAUCACUUAAUCUCCAAGAAGCUCCUGUUAUUGGUGCUUUUAAUCCUAAGAAGGGUGACAUUGUACUUGCUCAGUUCAGUGCUGAUAAUUCAUGGAACCGAGCUAUGAUUGUGAAUGCACCUCGCAGAGCUGUGGAAUCCAUGAAAGACAAGUUUGAGGUGUUCUAUAUUGAUUACGGAAAUCAGGAAGAGGUUAUGUACAGUCAGUUACGGCCUCUUGAUCCUUCAGUUUCCUCGGCACCUGGUCUUGCUCAGCUGUGCAGCCUUGCGUAUGUUAAGGUUCCAAGCUUGGAAGAGGACUGCGGCCCUGAAGCAGCUGAAUUUUUAAGUGCUCAGACAUUAAGCACUUCAAAAGAGUUUAGGGCAAAGGUGGAGGAGAGGGAUACUUCUGGAGGAAAAGUUAAAGGACAGGGGACUGGACCAAUUAUUAUUGUAACUUUGGUUGCUGUGGAUUCUGAGAUUAGCAUAAAUGCAGCCUUGGUGCAGGAAGGACUUGCAAGGAUAGAAAAGAGGAAGAAGUGGGACCCCAAGGAUAGACAGGUAGCCCUUGAUAAUUUGGAGAAGUUCCAGGAUGAAGCACGCUCUGCCCGACGUGGGAUAUGGGUUUAUGGAGAUAUCCAAUCAGAUGAUGAAGAUGUAGCUCCUCCUGUUAGGAAGUCUGGUGGUCGCCGAUGAACAUGUGGCUUAUUUACCUGAAGUGCACUGGAGAAAAGAGAAAAGAGAAAAGAGAGAAGAGAAAAAGAAAAGGUGGUCUAAAAUGAGUAUAGGCAAUAUGAUUCCAUUUUAGGUUGAGAGAGGACAGAAAUGUUGCAGCGUAAAACUGCAUUUUUGUUUUUUUUUUUUUCCUUUUUUCUUUACGUUCUUUUUUGCUAUGAAAUUUUCCUUCUUAGGUGAGUGAACAUUUUUUUUUUAAUUUUUUGUAUCGUAAUAAGGUAAAACUAAAUCCAGGUUGUCCAGAUGCAAGGGGUAACAUUAUAAGAAAAAUUUUGCUGUUAGUUGGAA